CGGACGGACGUUUCGUCUUAGCGCUAUAUUCGUCUUUUGGUGUGAAAGUUUCAGACGCUCGACGGUCAUGACUUUCUGGACUGUGUUAACCGUGUUAUUGUGAAAUCUGUGAUCACUAAAGCGUGUUGAAAUGCCGCUCAAUCUAGGACUUAAGGGUGCCCACAGCCGGCGCGCCAUGUGUGCCCUUGCGGAGCUGGUCUGCUGUCCUGGUUCAUUGUGGAUUGUAAGAAUGUGGUCGUGGUGGCGCGCUUGGAUCGUGCUGGCGUGCGCGAGCGCCGUUCUAGCGCAGCGCAUCGACCAAGACGCAGCUGUGAACCCGCGGCAACCGCGCGUGCGCGACCGUGAGCUGAACAAACCCGAUGAACCCACCUGCGACCAGCUCAAGGCUAUGUGGCGAUUCUCGAAGCGGCAGGCGCGUGCGCCGGAGAUCAUGAACGAAGUGAGUUCGUACCGCGACCCCAUGAUGUUCAACGAGUGGCCAGUCUACACCGCGCUGCCCAGAGCUGCUCCCAGGUUCAGAUACCAGUACCCAUCGGUGCCGCGGGAGGCGUAUGGCCGGGUGGUCACCAAAGCUCCUCCCAACGUCGUGCGCACUCCCGACUAUGAUGAGAUGUUCGGUAUGCUGAACAUACCCCACACCUCCGGUAAGAUCCUGCGGUACCCGGGACCCUCGCGCACGCGCCCUGCUUCUUUCAUGGUCCCCCCGCAGAGGGACAGGUUCGAAGCCCUGAAGAAGCUGAUCAGACAAGAACACGUGCGUGAGCUGCAGAGGAAGUACGAGACAGAACAGAAGCAGGAGCUGAAGGAGAUCGCGUCCGGACGGGGUGUGGAUGACUACGCUUACACCAGCUACGGCGAGGCGGAGCCCCGCGGGCUGCAGCCGCUGCAGGAGUACCCGCUCGAGGAACCCACCGCCAGGCACACCAAGAAACCUCCGACCGGCAGCCGUCAGGUGUCUCAGUUCAACCGGUACUCCGACGUGUUGCUGCCACCGGUCCGCCGCACCUUCUACCACCCUUACUUCGAGUACGCGGCCCCCGACUACGCUCCAUAUGUCUACUGAAUACCCUCGCCCCCUCCGGACCAAGAGGGCGAACGUUCCACAACCUUCUAGAACGUUCUCGAACAUUCUCAAAGAGGACUUCUCCUUUGUACAAAAAUCUUACGGGCUUUAACUCCGAAUAUCAACUUGAAUGGCCAUAUCAGAAGCAUAUCUUUUUGUAACGCUUUCGCUUGCGAAUACUCUCUUAUCCAAUGCGAGCUUCCUUCCCUUAUACCUUCUUGCAAUAUUUUUAUAUUUAUAAAAAAGAGCCGAGGAUUUUUUAUGUAGAUAUGCGAUCUCUGAAUUUUAAUAUACCCAAUUUGAAUAGGUAUUCGCAUUGUAUUUUUCGAUAGGUUUAAGAUUUUUGCCCUCGGGUUUAAUAUUAAUGUCCUCGAGCUGUAGGCCUAGGACUUUUAUGAUAUCAAAUUAUAUCGUACUUCCAAAAGACAAUAAAUUUCCUAUACAAUUUGAUCAAUUAUCAGUCCCCGUCAAUUGACAAUAAAUUUAAAGAAUUUGACGUUAAAUUGUUUAAUUAAUAGGAAGAAAAUAAAGACAAUAAACCUUUUACAAUCGAUGUUAGGUAGAAUUUAAGCGUUUCAAUAUGUUUGUGUUUAAGUGGAGUUUACUUGGACUAAUUGAUUCCUGCUUGGAAAUUUUUCGCUUCGAUUCAUCCACUUUGUGAAUUUACUUUUUCAAUAAGCGUUGUUAAUGUAUUCUUUCUGUAAGAGUUUCUAUCACAAGGUGUUGUCUGAGCCCGACAUCCUAUGAAUUGAAGCGAAAUAUUUCUUCACUUUAAAGUAAUUUAUUCGACAAUAAAAUAGUUUU